AGCACAGAUUCCCUCAGAUGCUGUCUUCAUUCCAGAGUGAGAAGACGAUUCGUUGUCGAGAUAAAAAGCUCAGGUGCCUAGACACAGGCACUGCGCUCCAUAAGUUUCUCUCGGGCCGAGUCAGUCGUUGUAAGGCCGGGGUGAGCCUACUUUGGGAGAGGCAGGAGAUGUGAAACAUGGGUUGUGCACCGCAGAGAUUUUAUAACUACCAUCCGGGAAGCAACGCUGUCCUUUUUUUUGUUGCUGUCAUCUGCGGUGUCAUUGUCUAUGGUCUGAUAGAUAUUGCUCUGUUGAACGACUCUGCACUGGAAGUUAGGAAAACAGCUAUCCAGUACAAGGAAAAACACUCCAUUCACGCCCCUGGCCCUUGGGUGCCGCAGAGGAAAUGGGUGAAGUUUCCUGAUCGCAUGUGGCACGGUUAUCAGUUACCCGUGCUGACGGCCCGGCCUCUCGGACGCAUGGGCAACAUAAUGGGGGAAUACGCGACUCUGUGGGCCCUGAAGCACAUCUACAAUGCUACCGUGCUCGUGAUGCCAGGAAUGAAGAAAAAACUGUCGUGUUUCCCCUCGCUUUCUCUCCCCGACUGCCCCGACGGCUGCAACACGACGGGCUGGAAGCGAAUGGGGAGAACCGGGGGAAUUAGCCAUUAUAAUUUCACGAAAAUCGAAAAUGCCGCAGCAGGUCUUUCCGGACCCGGAACCUUCGUCCUUACAAAUUGUCUUUUCGAAAUUCAUCUGUUCAAUUUUUUUAAGGAAGACCUGAGACGAGAAUUUACAUUCGCGGAAGAGAUACAACGAAAGGUGAGAGAGAGCCUAGCAAACGUGCAACAGGAGUGGCAGUCCAUCAACAACAGCACGGUCCUCCCAGUGCUGGUCGGGUUCCACGUCCGCCGAACUGACUACGCAAAGCAUGCCUUUAGGAUCUUCGGCGGGAAGCUGCCCGGAACCAUUUACUUCACGAGGGCCCUCAAUUACUACAGGCGAAAGUUCUCCAACGACGUGGCCUUCGUGGUCGCUUCGGACGACAUGGCCUUCGUCAGGAUGAAGCUCGGUAACCACUCGGAUGUGUAUUUCUCCGCAGGUGCAUCUCCUUUCGAGGACAUGGCGCUCCUCUCGUCCUGCAACCACAGCAUCGUCACCCUGGGCAGCUUCGGCUUCUGGACGGGGUACCUGGCGGGGGGGGAGGUCGUCUACCCGGACGUCCGGACACAAAGGCGGUACAGAUUUUCUAGAGAAAUGUACGAGAUUACCGGAAUCACCAACUUCACACCCAUUUUCCCCGAUUAGCGAUUCUCACCUGGACGCCGAGAUUCCUCAGUAUUGGCGUUUAGCAACCGUAUUGCAUCUUCCGAUCUUCCGGCCCUGGAAUGGUUGAAGUCGUCGUCAGCUGGUUAUUCACACAGCAUCUUCUUAAUGACUUUUCAUUAUAAUUCAGGGUAUUCCGUCUGUGUAGAAUACGAAUAUUGUUUGAAUGAAAUGUUUGUUAACAUUAUGGUUCACAUAAAAAUGAACUGAAUGGCA